CUCUCUCUCUUUUCUCUUCUUUCUUUCAAUCUCCAAGUUUUUUUCUUUUGAUCUGAGGAGAAUUUCGUGAGAGGUUGGAGAAAAAUCGGAUUCAGAAUCAAAAGAUAUGGCUCAGAGAACGGAGAAGGAAGAGACGGAGUUCAAGGUUCACGAAACCAUAACUCUCUGCGUCAAUAACUGCAGCGUUACAGGAAAUCCGGCUACAAACAAUAUGUGUCAGAAGUGUUUUAACGCGUCAACCUCAUCGUCUUCUUCUUCAUCGGCUACUGUAACAACGACGUCUUCUGUUUCUGCAUCGACGGUGAAUUUGAAAUUUUCAGCUGAGAAAAUUACUCGGUUUUCAGAGAGAUCUGAUUGUUUUACAGCUGAUUAUAGUCGUAAAACGACGGCGGAUAGCUCCAGAUCAGACGAACCGGUUUCUGCAAAGCGAGUUGUAAAUCGAUGCUCCGGUUGUCGGAGGAAAGUCGGUUUGACUGGUUUUCGGUGUCGGUGUGGUGAACUUUUCUGCGCUGAACAUCGGUACACAGACAGACACGAUUCUUUUCCAUGCGGCGUUAGGUUCGUCGUCGGUUGCCAUCGGUGGUUGUGCAUAUGGAUAGUGGCUGAAGUGGUAGUCCGUUUUUCAUGCGUGGACGACUUGGAGCUCCCUUAUUUUUUGUAACUGCUUUAUUAUUAU